AUGGCUGACGAGUACGCAGACUUGAAGCAGAUGUUGCAGCAGCAGCUGAAGCUAAUGGAGGCACUCACCGUUAAGCUGUCCGACUGGUCCAUGGGUCAAUCAAGCACGGCAGGUUUUUCGCAAUCUGUUGAUCACAUUGCCGGCAGCAUCACUGAGUUCUUGUAUGACCCGCAGGCCCAUAUCACCUUUGAUUCCUGGCACAAGCGAUACGAGGACUUGUUCUCUGUCGACCUGGCUGCCCAGGACGAUGCAUGGAAGGUUCGACUCCUACUUCGCAAACUGGGUCCGGCCGAACACGAGCGUUAUGCAAACUUCAUCCUCCCCAAGAAUCCCCGAGAAGUCACUUUCAAGGACACGGUUCAGACGUUGUCGCAGAUUUUUGGUGAACAAUCAUCCCUUUUCAACUCUCGAUUUCAGUGCCUGCAACUGUGCAAACGAGAUUCCGAUGACUUCAUCACUUAUGCGGGCAUUGUUAAUCAUGAGUGUGGGCGUUUCCAAGUCGAGAUCUCCGCCAUCUCCUUGUCGGCACUGUGGCGCGUGGCAUUUCCACCGGGAUCGCACUUUCCGCCAGCAUCGCUGCCAAAGCUGUAA